GCUCCGCCCCCUGUCCCCGGCUCACGUGAUCGCGCCUAGGGAGAAAACGCCUGACCCCAGCCACCGGCCUUCAAGGCAAGGCUUUUUCUUCCUUCGGCUGGUUGGCCUUUCGCCCUUCAGCUACCUGUGCGUCCCUCCGUCCCGUGCCGGGGUCACCCCGGAGCCUGUCCGCCAUGCAGCUCCUGCCUCUAGCCCCAGGUCGGCUCCGGCAGGGCAGCCCCCGCCACCUGCCCUCCUGCAGCCCAGCGCUGCUGCUACUGGUGCUGGGCGGCUGCCUGGGGGUCUUCGGGGUGGCAGCGGGAACCCGGAGGCCCAACGUGGUGCUGCUCCUCACGGACGACCAGGACGAAGUGCUCGGCGGCAUGACACCACUGAAGAAAACAAAAGCUCUCAUCGGAGAGAUGGGGAUGACUUUUUCCAGCGCUUAUGUGCCAAGUGCUCUCUGCUGCCCCAGCAGAGCCAGUAUCCUGACAGGAAAGUACCCACAUAAUCAUCAUGUUGUGAACAACACUCUAGAGGGGAACUGCAGUAGCAAGUCCUGGCAGAAGAUCCAAGAACCAAAUACUUUCCCAGCAAUUCUCAGAUCAAUGUGUGGUUAUCAGACCUUUUUUGCAGGGAAAUACUUAAAUGAGUACGGAGCCCCAGAUGCAGGUGGACUAGAACACGUUCCUCUGGGUUGGAGUUACUGGUAUGCCUUGGAAAAGAAUUCUAAGUAUUAUAAUUACACCCUGUCUAUCAAUGGGAAGGCACGGAAGCAUGGUGAAAACUAUAGCGUGGACUACCUGACAGAUGUUUUGGCUAAUGUCUCCUUGGACUUUCUGGACUACAAGUCCAACUUUGAGCCCUUCUUCAUGAUGAUCGCCACUCCAGCGCCUCAUUCACCUUGGACAGCUGCACCUCAGUACCAGAAGGCCUUCCAGAAUGUCUUUGCACCAAGAAACAAGAACUUCAACAUCCAUGGAACGAACAAGCACUGGCUAAUUAGGCAAGCCAAGACUCCAAUGACUAAUUCUUCAAUACAGUUUUUAGAUAAUGCAUUUAGGAAAAGGUGGCAAACUCUCCUCUCAGUUGAUGACCUUGUGGAGAAACUGGUCAAGAGAUUGGAGUUCACCGGCGAGCUCAACAACACUUACAUCUUCUAUACCUCAGACAAUGGCUAUCACACAGGACAGUUUUCCUUGCCAAUAGACAAGAGACAGCUGUAUGAGUUUGAUAUCAAAGUUCCACUGUUGGUUCGAGGGCCUGGGAUCAAACCAAAUCAGACAAGCAAGAUGCUGGUUGCCAACAUUGACUUGGGUCCUACUAUUUUGGACAUUGCUGGCUAUGACCUAAAUAAGACACAGAUGGAUGGGAUGUCCUUUUUGCCCAUUUUGAGAGGUGCCAGUAACUUGACCUGGCGAUCAGAUGUCCUGGUGGAAUACCAAGGAGAAGGCCGUAACGUCACUGACCCAACAUGCCCUUCCCUGAGUCCUGGCGUAUCUCAAUGUUUCCCAGACUGUGUAUGUGAAGAUGCUUAUAACAAUACCUAUGCCUGUGUGAGGACAAUGUCAGCAUUGUGGAAUUUGCAGUAUUGCGAGUUUGAUGACCAGGAGGUGUUUGUAGAAGUCUAUAAUCUGACUGCAGACCCAGACCAAAUCACUAACAUUGCUAAAAGCAUAGACCCAGAGCUUUUAGGAAAGAUGAACUAUCGGUUAAUGAUGUUACAGUCCUGUUCUGGGCCGACCUGUCGCACUCCAGGGGUUUUUGACCCCAGAUACAGGUUUGACCCCCGCCUCAUGUUCAGCAACCGCGGCAGUGUCAGGACUCGAAGAUUUUCCAAACAUCUUCUGUAGCGACCUCACACAGCCUCUGCAGAUGGAUCCCUGCACGCCUCUUUCUGAUGAAGUGAUUGUAGUAGGUGUCUGUAGCUAGUCUUCAAGACCACACCUGGAAGAGUUUCUGGACUGGCUUUAAGUCCCGUUUGAAAAAGCAGCCCAGUCGGCUGACUUCCUCGUGCAAUGUGUUAAACUGUGAACUCUGCCCAUGUGUCAGGAGUGGCUGUCUCUGGUCUCUUCCUUCAGCUGAUAAGGACACUCCUGAGGUCUUUGCUCUCACCAUAUUCUUUUUGUCCUGGGGCCACAGUUCUUGAUUAUUCCUCAUGUGGUUAAAGUCUGAAUUUGUAAAUCCAUUCAGAUAAAUGGCAGUACUUUAGGGGACACACACACACACACACACACACACACACACACACACACACACACACACACACACACACACACACACACACAGAUACACACACAGAUACACAGAUACACCUUUUGAUAUAUAAGCUUGACCUAAAAUCAAAGGACCUGUGUAGCAUUUCAGAUUGAGCACUUCACUAUCAAAAAUAGUAACAUCACAUGGCUUGAAGAGUAACCAUCAGAGCUGAAUCAUUCGAGUAAGAACAAGUACCAUUGUGAUAGAGAAGUAGAGAUACAUUUUUUUAUGAUGUUCAUCACAGUGUGGUAAGGUUGCAAAUUCAAAACAUGUCACCCAAGCUCUGUUCAUGUUUUUGGGAAUUCUAGGCUGGUGCUGCACUGAAAUAGAGCAGUAAGCUUGUGAUAAAGGCCAAUUCCAGAUAGCUCUUGAAGGUGAUAGCCAUCUACUUUCCAGUGGCUGCCAACCACAGGGAGUGCCGGUUAACCCUGGAAGGAUUGAGCAAGGUCCCUUCUCUUGAGACUCCCCUCUGAGAUCUGAAAAUAAAGUGGCUUAGAAACAUCAGCAGGGAAGAACUGCCAAGAGUUGGUGAGGGUUGUCUCUUAUAGGGUGUUCUGAAGACAGGGCUCUUGAACAGACAGGUGGAAGGGCUAUACCGGGGAUAAAGGAAGGAAGUGCCUGUCCAGCAGGGAGCUUGAAUUUCAGUUCCAUGCAUGAAGUCGUUGGCUCUAAUCUGCAUUUUUCUGCCUUUCUCUUCAUUUGUUUCAAGAUGGAAAAUUUUCUUACAGUUGGUGCAAAGUAUCAACUACUUUACCCUACCUUCUCCCCUUUUAGAUGGGUUCUUCCUGAGUUUUGGAAUAUUGUUAAUUAUCAGUAUUCCCCCUGUCAAAAUCAAAUCUAUUCAGGUUUCUUCACUGUUGAGAAUAUGUAAAUUUUUUUAUUUUUGGUGGGGGGUGACAGAGUCUCGCUAUGUCACCCAGGCUGGAGUGCAAUGGCAUGAUCUCAGCUCACUGCAACCUUUGCCUCCUGGGUUCAAGCGAUUCUGUCUCAGCCUCCUGAGUAGCUGGGAUUAUAGGCACGCACCACUAUGCCUGGCUAAUUUUUUGUGUUUUUAGUAGAGACAAAAUUUCACCAUGUUGGCCACGCUGGUCUUGAACUCCUGACCUUGUGAUCCACCCACCUUGGCCUCCCAGAGUGCUAGGAUUAUAGGCGUGAGCCACCACGCUUGGCCGAGAACACCUAAAUUUUUAUGUUUCUUGACUCAAAAACCAGUUCCAUUUCUAAUGUUUUCUUCACAAGAAGGCUAAUUGGUGGUGAGACAGCAGGGGAGGAGGAAGAGCUGUGGUUUACAACUUGUUCAACUCAGGCAAUAAGCGAUUUUAGCUAUAUUUAAAGUCUUCUGUCCAGCUUUAAGCACUUUGUAAGACAUGGCUGAAAGUAGCUUUUCUAUCAGAAUUGCAGAUAGUCAUAUUGGGCUAAUAGCCAUUGGAUUUAUUCCUUUACCUCACAUGAUCCCAGCAACUGAGGUGGUAUCUAGAGGUGAAAUAGGCAAGUGAAAUGGACACCUCUGCUGUGAAUGUUUUAGAAGAGGAAAUUCAAAAAAUGUUGUAACUAAAAGCAAACUACAUUGUUGAAUAUGGGUAUCGGCUUUCUUUUUCACUUUGAUUCUUAACAUAAUCAGUCAACUUCCACAUUAAUGAAAGUUGACCAUAGUUAUUUCCAAAUAAAAAGAAACCAACUCUUACCAGGUCUUGGACUGUGAUGUCAUUCAGUUUUUUGCUGGUUAUUUGCAGAUUAUUCAGUUUUAUGCUGUUUCUAAGAGCAGAACUCAUAAGAGUGACAUAGUCAGCUGCUGACGGCACCUCUGCCACGCCAUUCUUACGCUCAGUUCAGUGGGUGAGCUUGCCUGGUGGGGUGUGGUGCGGCCCUGUCUCUACGCUCUUCUAUUUUUGGUAUAUUUCCUGUCUAACCUUCAAGUAGCUUUCAAUUCUGCUUUUUUUCUUGGACUGGCUCCAUUCUGAAUCUGUGCUAAAAUCUUUCAUAAAGAGACCUCAGUUGAUAGCGUAACAGACUACACAAUGCACUGAUGUUUUCAUAAUGUUUUAGGGACCCACUGCAAGAAGCUUGCCUCCUCCUUUUAAUUGUAUUCAUUUAGAUUUUGAUUUUCCAUGUUAAGAAGGUGAGGUCCAUGUUGGUGCCCUUCAGAAUAGAGAACCCUAUAAACAUUAGGAAUGAACAGAGGCCUUAGGAAUGAAUAGAGAGUUUGCCUUAUACGAUUUCCUGUUACAGAACUCUCCCUCUCAUGCAAAGUAGGGAACACCUUUUGAGCAUCUUUGGAUUUGACAAACGGUGCUGUUGCAAACACUCUUUUUUUUUUUUUGGAGAUGAAGUCUCGCUGUUGUCACCUGGGCUGGAGUGCAAUGGCAUGAUCUCGCCUCACUGCAAUUUCCACCUCCUGGGUUCCAGCAAUUCUCCUGCCUCAGCCUCCCAAGUAGCUGAGAUUACAGGUGCCCGCCACCAUGCCUGGCUGAUUUUUGUAACUUUAGUAGAGACGGGGUUUCACCAUGUUGGCCAGGCUGAUUGAACUCCUGACCUCAGGCGAUUCACCCGCCUCGACCUCCCAAAGUGCUGGGACUACAGGUGUGAGCCACUGUGCCCGGCCCGCAAACACAUUGUAAUUGACAACAGUAGGGCUCUUGUACAAAAUAGUCAUGAUGGCCAUGGAAGUUUUACCUUAUUCUGUGAGAAGUGUUCUCAAACUUAUUAAGUGUCUAAACUAAGGUUUAGUGCUUUUUUAAAGGAAAGUUGUCCCAGGAUUCAUACUAAAGAAAGCAAAAGUUAUUUCAACUGAUCCACCAGUGGAAUUAGAUGGGUAGAGUUAGGUUCUUGAGUUUUAUCACCACUUAGUUCCCACUGAAUUUUGUAACUUCCUGUGUUUGCAUCCUCUGUUCCUAUUCUGCCCUUGCUCUGUGUCAUUUCAGUCAUUUGACUUAGAAAGUGCCCUUCAAAAGGACCCUGUUCACUGCUGCACUUUUCAAUGAAUUAAAAUUUAUUUCUGUUCUAGUG